AAUUUCAUUCUGAUUUGAGGUUUUCGAUAUAGGUUCACCAUGAAAUUAUCAGUUACUACUACUACACUCGCUUUGGCUCUUGCCACUUCAGUUCUUGCUGCUCCAACUAAUAUUGAAACCAAUGUUCAGCUUACUAGAAGAGAACAAGAAGUUGACUUAAUUGCUGAAUUGAAUGAAAUUGCUGCUUUGAAAUCAAAGAGAAGUUUACUUACUGAACGUGAACAACUUGAAUUGGCUCAAAGAGAUUAUACUAUCGUUACUCAAAUUUUAGAGCUUCUUAAUACUAACAGUUUUGCUGCUAAAUUUAUUCAAAAAUUGGUUGAUGAUCAAAACUUACAACCAAUUCUUACUGAUACUAUUGAAUGGUUGAUUAAAAAUAAUAUUAUUAAUUUAACUACUUUAUUCACUGCUUUGGAUGAAUCUGAUUUAGCUGCUACCGUUAUUAGAGAUAUCAUUAAUGAUUGUGAUUACUAUACUCAAAUUUAUAAACUUAUUGAAUCUUUAAUUACUGGUGAUGAUUCUUCUUCUUCUUCUGCUGCUGCUACUAAGAGAGAAUUGGUUACUGCUGACUUGGUAAUUAGAGCUGAUAGCUCUGGUUCUGGUAGUGCUGUUACUGAUGCUGCUGCUUCCAGUGAUCCUACUUCUGACUCUUUCAUCAAUGAAUUAUUAAACUCUUUGGCUAAAUCUGGUCUUGCUUCUGAUUUGGUUAAGCGUUUACUUGUUGAUAAAGAGUUCUUAUCCUAUGGUGCUUCUUUAAUUGUUGAUUUAUUCAAAUCAGGUAGUCUCACCAUUGGUGAUGUUAUUGACGCUUUGACUCAAUCUUCUUUGAUUCCAGAUUUAUUCAGAGAAUUCUUUACUGUUAACACUUUGAAGACUGUUAUUACUAAUGCCUUGGCUGCUGCCUCUGGUACUUGUGAUACUAAUGCUACCUCUCUUAACCCUAAUGGAACUACCUCCAAAACUGCUACUUCCACCACUAAAGGUUCUACUAACACUGCCACUAACACUACUGCAACUAGAACCAAUACUACUUCUACCAGUACUUCAACUUCGGGUGGUGGUAAAUGUAAAAAGAGAAGAAAGAGAAACUACCAUUAAAUGGGCUGAUGCUUUAAAUCGUUUAUUUAUUUAUUUCUAAACUACGAC